AUGCAGCCUUUUCCCCUGACUUCCCUAAGGAGACCAGCCCUCUUCCCUUCGCCCUGCCAUCUUCUUACCUGUAAGAGGGCAGGACGUUCAUGCUCUCCUCCACCCCGAGACCCCGGCAAGGCCCAAUUCCUCCCCUCAAACUUCACCCCCACCCCCGGCCACCCCUGGGCGCCGUGGCGGGGCCGCGGGUGGCGGGGCCCGCAUCCCCGGGCGCCCCCGCCGUCUCCAUCCUGCCCGCUCCACCCGUGCCGCCCCCGGGAAAAGCCUCGCCUCGCCGCCGCCCCCCUUCCUCCUCCCACCUCCGCCGGCGAGGUGCGAGGGGCCGGCGCGGAGCCCCGCGCCCGGCGGUGUCGGGGAGGGGCGGAAGCGGGCGGGGGCGGCGGCGGGGAGAGCCCGGGUGCCGAGCAGGCCGCGUCGCGCCGACCCCGGCGGCGGCAGGGGCGGGCAGGGCCGGCGGGGCCGCCCGGUGUCUCCGGCACCUGGAGCGUGGCCUGCCCGUCCCUCCGCACGUACUCACCGCCCGGUUCGCCAUUACGGAACCGCCGCCGCUGCCCGGCAGGAGGCGGCGAUGCCCCACGCCUCCGGCGGGCGAGGGCGGCACUCACCGUGCGGUGUCGCAGGCCGGCGGGCGGCGCGGGNNNGGCGCUCGGCGCUGUCCCCGCGCCUCUCCCCGCUCCUCCCCGCGGGCGCUGCGCGGGAGGGGCCCCGCGCGGGGGGGGAGCAGGGCGGGGGGCGAAGUUUCACUCGCUCCGCGCCGCGACCCCAGCGGCCCCAGCGAACCCGCGGGGACGGGCCGGGGGGCGCAUUUGCAUAUUUGUCACCCCCGCGCUGAUUGGCCGCCCGCGCGGGGGCCGCCGCCGCGCGCUGACACGGCGGCUCGGCUCGGGAGGGAGCGGCGUGAGGGGAGGAAGAGGCGGGCGGAGCGGGGACGGGGCGCGGGAAGGGGCGUGCGCGGGGCGGGGAUGCGCGGGGGGCGGAGAGGGGACCCGGGAGCGUGCGAGUUUCCUUCCCGAGACACCUUCGCCCUCCCGCCGCAGCCCCCGCGGGAGGGGCAGCCCUGGCGGGGCGGGGGCGGGCGGCGCGGAGCCGAUGGAGCGGGGCGUGCGGCGGGCUGGGCGCAUCCAAUAUGGCCCCUGCGCCGGGAGAAACCAAUCCCGGGCGCGGUUACUCCGGAGGCUCCGGCGGAGGCCGGGCCGGGAUGCGGGGCAGGCCCCGGGCGGCGGCAGGGGGCGGGGGGAGCGGGGAUUUUCCCUGGGAAAGGGAAACUUGGCGCUCUGGAGCGUUUUGGCGAGGCGCUCACGCAGCCGCUCUGGGCCUCCGUGGGAGCGCGCCCAGCAGCGGGAAUGCCGCCUUCGCUCUGGGAGAUCACGGGGCGCGCUUGACACCGGCACCGGGGAUGGUGCUCGCUAGCCAAGGCUCUCUCUGCCUCCCUCUCCAGGCAGAGCCGGCAGCUCAGCCCGUCUGACCCAGCCGUGGCAUCACCAGGUCUUCCACUGAAAGCCAGGGGCUUGCAGGGAGAGCGAGGGGAAUUCCCGCCUGUUAAAGGCAAAGGCAGAUGCCAGGCAGGACGAGUGUAGCAGCAGGUACACGUAUCAAGCCGCUUCUGAAUACAUUUCUUGAACACGCUAACAGGGCACAUACAUUCUAACAAAGUUAACUAUGAGCCUUUUCUUUUACAUAAUAUUUUUUUCAAAAUUAUUGAAAUGAAGUCCGUUAAACCACAAGUGUUGAUUUGAAAAUCAAAGUUUAGAAGUAACCAUUGCCAAAGACACUUCAAUGUUACCUGAAAUAAUUUUUUUUGAAGUGUCAAGCUACAAAGUUGUUGCAGGACUCAUUUCCCUGUGGCAGGACAGCAGAGCAAAAAGCUUGAGGAGGGAGUUUCUAGCACAGCUGAAGGGAAAAACCUUUUUGGGUCUUGACUACAGCUUUAUCUACUGUGGCAAAUAAGUAGAGAAAAAAAAAGGGAAAAAAACCCACUUUAGGUGAACAGUUACAUAACUCUUCUGAGUUGACCUAAAGACUAAAUUAAGAAUUCCAGGAAUACAAGAAAAUUCCCAGUCAGAAUUACAGAAUUACUUGGAUAUUGUGCCUGUGAGGACUACAGGCACAGGGGCAAUCACAAAUCUCACCCAA